AUGUCUGAUGACAUCAACAAAUAUUUCAAUGUACUGCUGCACAUACAGAUAACAGACCGAGAUGGUAGCCCCUUGUUGCGAGUUUACCACAAUCAGGAGAAGAAUGUGGAUUUUGCGCUUAUGGAUUCAUUUAUACCCACUUCGGCUGCCUGUGAUCAGGCAAGCAAAUUUUGGCUGGGACGCAAUAAUACAAAUAUGUCCAUAUAUUCACAGUAUCAGUUUGGGCAAAUGAACAAACUGACGCUGAUCUUAGCCUUUGUGGGCGCCGAGGAUUGCAAUACGGGACACAUACUGGCUCUGGAGAGUCGCUACCUGGAGGAUAUAAUUUUAGCACUGCAGGAGCCAUAA